ACGGCGCCGCGCCUUUCGUCCCAACCCCAACCGCGUCGCGUGUCCAAAACAUUCGGCGUUCUGUCUGUUGGAAGCAGCACCAAGUAUCAGUCUAGCUCCUGCACUGCAGCCAGUAAAACCGCAGCAGCCUGCGGCGCCCGCGUGGAGGAGCAUAAAGCCGGCGCUCGUGCUGCGCACAAGAAUCCCCUGUUCUCCCAAGUAGAAGUAGACCACUUCAGGCUCAAGCUCAAACACGUCUCGGCAAUUUCGAUCCAUGUCCGUCGCCUUCCGCUCCAUCAUGAGCACCGCCGCCUCCUGUUCUCUCCUGCUCUUGCUCGUCGUCGUCGUCGUGCUCUCGUCACCGGCUUACGGCUGUGACCGGUGCGUGCGCCGGUCCAAGGCCACCUACCAAGCCUCCUCGCUCGCCAUGAACGACGGUUCGUGCGGGUACGGCUCCCUGGCCGCGUCCUUCAGCGGCGGCUUCCUCGCCGCGGCGAGCCCCGCGCUGUACAGGGGAGGCGUCGGCUGCGGCGCCUGCUUCCAGGUGCGGUGCACGGACAGCGAGCUGUGCAGCGGGGCCGGCGCCAGGGUGGUCGUGACGGGCCGGGCGCGCACGGCGAACCGCACGACGCUGGUGCUGAGCGGCGCGGCGUACGCGGCCAUGGCCCGCGCCGGCGCUGCCGCGCGGCUCAGGGAGCAGCGCGUCGUGGACGUCGAGUACAAGAGGGUGCCGUGCGUGUACGCGAACCGCAACCUGUCGAUACGCGUCGAGGAGAGGAGCCGGGCGCCGAGCGGCCUGUCGAUCAGGUUCCUGUACCAGGGCGGCCAGACUGACAUCGUCGCCGUCGACGUCGCCACGGUCGAGUCGUCGAACUGGAGGUUCAUGACGCGGGACCACGGGCCGGCGUGGAGCACGAGGCAGGCGCCGGCGGGGCCGCUGCAGUUCAGGCUGGUGGUGACCGGCGGCUACGACGGCAAGUGGGUGUGGGCGGACAAGGAGGUGCUGCCGCGCCGGUGGGAGGCCGGCCGCGUCUACGACACCGGGGUGCAGAUCGCCGACGUCGCGCAGGAAGGGUGCUACCCCUGCGACACACAGGAGUGGCAGUGACACACACACACACACACACACAAAACGGCAUUGCGAUUGUACAGAUUUUGCUUUUUGAUUCUUCCUUUUCUGUUUUCUUUUCCGCGUCGUCCGUUUUGGAUGGAUGAAAUGAUGAGUGAACAGCGGAGUCAAACGUGCCGUUGCAACUUGGUUCGGCUUUGUUGUUUUCUCCACUUGGUGAGCAGCGGAGUUGGAGCGCACGAUGUGUCUGCUGUGCGCAUGAUGGCUUUGGUCGUCAACGACGAGCGCCUCCACUUCAGCACUCGUCCGCUAUCUCAGGGCCACCCGUUUCGAAUGGAAAGGACAGAAGCCGUCGUCGCGACGAGGAGGUGAGGUCAGACGCACGGAGUGAACCGGAAAUGCUUGGCAGAUUCAACGAGCGGCCGUUAACAUUUCUAUAUAGAACAUGAUCGGUUGUUUGAGUCUGUGAUCGACGUUGGAAUAGAGUAACUACCAGCUUUUGGCACUUUGCUGACCAGAAAAGGAUCCGCCGAGUUCAGUGGUUGGGAAGGAUCCAAACCGAGCAUAGCAUUCUUAAUUUUGACCUGAACCCGAAGAAAGUUUACCUUUCUCUGUGCUCGA